AUGUCUUUUUUCAGGACUCUUUUAAAUGACUCUGUCCUCAUUCGUCCUCCAGGCUUCUAUAUCAUCGGAUUUGAGACUUUUCCUUUCAUCAGCGUCUACUUCAUAUUUCUAGCUUUUGUUUAUGUGAUCACAGUGCUGUCCAACAGUUUGGUGAUCUACAUAAUUGUCGUCAAUCAUUGUUUGCACACUUCUAAAUUUAUUGCAGUUGUCAACCUCGCAGUGAUUGACCUAGUGCUUACUACAUGCCUUAUUCCCAGCAUGAUAAAUGUAUUUCUCAUUAAGGAUAACUUCAUUCCAUUUAGACUGUGUUUUGUACAAAUGUUUGUGUACUACACGUUUGUAUCGUUGGAGUCAUAUGCACUGGCUAUACUUGCCUAUGAUCGGUUGGUUGCAAUACAUUUCCCUUUGCGACAAAACUCAAUCAACACAGUGCAGAGCAUGUGUUGUAUUGUCGGUGUGACCUGGUGGUUUGCAUUUGCAGUGACUGCAUUUUCAACAGGGAUAAUGGCACGAUUGUCUUUCUGCGGGUCUGUGAGAGUGUUCAGUUAUUUCUGUGACUACGCACCUGUGUUUAGACUCGCCUGUAAUGAUUACACAAUGCAAUGGUGGGCGGCGUCUGUGCUUACUAUCUUGAUUCUUGUAGUACCCUUUACUUUCAUCCUUCUAUCUUAUGUCAGCAUCCUGGUGGCCGUGUUCAGGAUGAAAAAUUUGGACAGUCGAGUGAAAGCUUUGGCCACUUGUGUUGAGCAUCUGAUUCUUGUUGCUGUGUUUUACUUUCCCCUCAUCAUCAUUUUUACUAUUGGCUUUUAUCUGCGACUCAUUGAUCCAGACCGGCGUGUCCUGAGCCUGUCGUUGGCCUCUUGCCUCCCACCCUGCAUCAACCCUAUUGUCUAUUCUUUAAAAACCAAAGAGAUUAAAAUCAGAAUGCAGGCAUUGUUUAGAAAAAAUAAUGUUGGUGUAGACCAAACCUCACCAAACUCCUCCCACACCAAAGUUUUUGCCUUAGCGACUGCCCUGGCUACGGUAAACAUGCCUUCUGGAGACCCACAGACCAACCAUGCCCUGCAGGCCUCCUUCUUCAGCCUGACAGUUUCCCACUGCAACCAGCAACCUUACGGUCACAACUCAGCCACCUCGACAAUGGCAGAGCAGAACGUGGUAAAUUUGGACUCAAUUCCCCCACCGCCCUUGGAACGUGGUUGA